CUUUAUGAAUUGAAAAUGUUUUAUUCUUGGGUGCUUUUAUGAUGAAAGUAAUAAAAUUAGCACUACAGCUGAUCCAGUCAUUGCUUGCAGUUGGAGCAAAAUAGGAAUGGUCACAGAAGCUUUAUUAUUCUUCUAGAACUGUUAAUCUGGCAUCUUUGUGGAGCAUUAAUUCCACAUAAUGCCUGACAAAUAAUUUGACUCAAAAGCAUUUGAUUCUGUUAGGAUAGUUUGUUAGAUUUCAGAAAUGUGUAUGCUGGUAUUUGUAUUUCUCUUUCUAUACAUCUUCAUUCUUGAAUGUACUUGGUUCCUUCUCUGGGAACAAGUAACUUCAUGGAGGUCAUGGAGUCAUGAUGCUGCAACAGAUGCUACACCUCAGGCUCUGAAAAUCCACCUGGAAAAUACUCAUUUUCAUAUGUUACAGCUUAACUUUCCAGUUAAGUCUGGUGGCUUGGGUUUUUUUGUCAGGAUGGUAGUUCUUCCUUACUGCUACUGAGAAAUAAUUUCAUUGCUGUUAAAGAAUGAUUCAUUAGCAUGUGGUUUGCAUUUGCAGGAAGCCAGUCUUGUAGAGACCACGUUCCUGAUACUUGUUUGUUUUUCAAACGCGAAAUGCAGAUGUCUGCCUUGUACAAGCAAGUCAAAGGUGUCUGUCUGGGUCUGCCAGGCUGGGGGCUUAAGAUAACCCAUCCAAGGCUGGCAGUGGCACUUCAUCUGUACAAACUGGAGCAGACUGUAUGUGUUGUCAGCAGCAGCCUUGUCUGCCACGCUCCAUCUAAUCACAGGCUUCUGUGCUGGGAGGGAGGGCAGUGCUGCCUGGGCAGCCUUUGUUUUCUGAGGGUCACAUCACUGGUAAAGUUGAGGAAGGUGACAUACCAGAUCUUACACAGCAUGAGCUAAUGCUUCAGUUCAUUAGAAAAAGGAUUAUUUGAACAUUGAAAAUUACUCUUUUUUAUUACUUUCGUAGUGGUGAGCAAAGUGGGCAAAUCAGAAAGUAGAGGUGGCUAAGAGCCAGUUAAAAACCCCAGCUACAUCAUGUAUUGGUGCUAUGCUGCUUUAGCUCGCUGAACCAACCGUCCAGCUCUGACAAAUGCCAGUGCAGGACCAGGGUGGUAUCAUGUGGCAGGAAUAGGUCAGUUGUGUUGUGUUGUGAAACUGCACCUCUUCAGUGGGGUAGAUUUAGAAGAGUAAUGAGUAUGCUGACCCUAUGUGUGCAGAGCCUAUCUGUUUUGUAGAAGCAGCAAACAUUGCUUGUUUUUCCUUCCAGGGUUGUGUUGGGGUUGUUGUUUAUCUGUAUUACCAGUAUGUUGGAUCCUGUGAUCCACCUGUAGCAGGAUUCAAGAAGGCUUAUGGCUUUUCAGUGGAUGAUUGGGACUGACAGCUUCUCUAGAGAAAAAAAGGAGCUCUUCCUGCAGCUAGGAUGGAAGGAGUUGUGUUUUCUAUACGGGUAAUAGAGAUAGAGGUGCUAUGUUGACAGCUUGUCUUGGAGUGUGGGAGUUAGAGCCGUUUAACGUCAGAGGGUGUUUGAAUGCAGAAUGUGCAGACCACUGGGCUUGCCCAGGUGCUUCCUAGCACAGAGAGCAGUGAGGAAGCAGGGGUCAUGAGCCUUCUGAAUUCCCCUGGAAGAGGUGUCUUGUUUGCAGGAGACCUGUUUUGUUUGAACUCCAUGGGCCUGAUAAAGCCAUGAAGGGGUCAAGAGGCAGGUUGAAGGUCCAGCAGCUCAGCAGAUGCUUGUGGUCUUGGUAUCACAUGCUGUUGCAAAGCUAGUAUUAGUUAGUUUCCACUGGCAAAUCUCAGAGAUUUUGGAAAGGCACAAGUCUAAUGCUGCCCAAUUGCUAGUGGAAGCACGAGUUCAGCCCACCUCAUCCAAACAUGCAAUGGUACAUUCCUCCCAUCACUGCGCAGUGUGCAUGCAGUUUGUCCGGAAGGAGAACUUGCUCUCUCUGGCUUGUCAGCACCAGUUCUGUCGCAGCUGUUGGGAGCAGCAUUGUACAGUGCUCGUCAAGGAUGGUGUUGGAGUCGGGGUCUCCUGCAUGGCUCAGGACUGCCUACUUCGAACACCAGAAGACUUUGUGUUUCCAUUGCUGCCUAGUGAAGAGCUGAAAGACAAAUACAGGCGCUACCUCUUCAGGGAUUAUGUGGAGAGCCAUUAUCAGCUGCAGCUGUGUCCUGGUGCAGAUUGCCCUAUGGUCAUACAGGUACAAGAGCCAAAAGCCCGGCGAGUGCAGUGCAAUCGUUGCAAUGAGGUCUUCUGCUUUAAGUGUCGGCAGAUGUACCACGCACCCACAGACUGUGCUACCAUUCGGAAAUGGCUCACCAAGUGUGCAGAUGACUCCGAAACAGCCAACUACAUCAGUGCUCACACUAAAGAUUGUCCCAAGUGCAAUAUCUGUAUUGAAAAGAAUGGAGGCUGCAAUCACAUGCAAUGCUCCAAAUGCAAGCAUGACUUCUGCUGGAUGUGUCUGGGAGACUGGAAGACUCACGGCAGCGAGUACUACGAAUGCAGUCGGUACAAAGAGAAUCCUGAUAUUGUAAACCAGAGUCAGCAAGCACAGGCCAGGGAGGCCCUUAAGAAGUACUUGUUCUAUUUUGAGAGGUGGGAGAAUCACAAUAAAAGCCUACAGCUGGAGGCACAGACUUACCAACGAAUCCAGGAGAAAAUCCAAGAAAGAGUUAUGAACAACUUGGGAACAUGGAUAGACUGGCAAUACCUACAAAAUGCUGCAAAACUACUUGCAAAGUGUCGUUACACCCUGCAGUACACAUAUCCAUAUGCCUACUACAUGGAGUCUGGUCCCAGAAAGAAACUGUUUGAAUACCAGCAGGCCCAGCUGGAAGCUGAAAUUGAAAAUCUCUCGUGGAAGGUGGAGCGAGCAGACAGCUAUGACAGAGGGGACUUAGAGAACCAGAUGCACAUAGCAGAGCAGAGACGGAGGACCCUGCUGAAAGACUUCCAUGACACAUAAGACAGGAGGAAGUGACAAAGUGCAGGGGUGAGAGCAGCGAGUGAAGUGAUGGCAGCUUCACCGGGAUAAGCAGGCACUGCCUCUGGGAGAACACGGCCAAGGACAAAGCCACCCCUCCCCUUGCAAGUCAGACACAUGCAAACACCACAUCUUAGUCCAGUUUGUUCUCUUAUCUUUCUGUUUCUGUUUCUGCCAGGCUAGAGGCCAGAUUUCAGAUUGGCAUAUUUCCUGGGACAUUGCCCUCCUGCCCUUGAUGGUUUCAGAAGGGGAGGGAGUUUUUCUCUGAAUGGCUGUUAAUAGUAUUAGAUCAUUACAAUUUAUGUAAUUUUCAACGGUUGUACAAUUAUACAGACAAACCUUAGAAUAACACACAACCCUUUUUAAAAAUAAAUUGGCAGUGGAGUGUUUUUCCUUAAUCUGCUUGUAAAUUUAAUGGGCUUUUCCCCCUCUCCCUCUCCCUUCCUCUGACCCAAAAAUCCUCCUAGGCACUGAAGGAGGUACAAAAUAUCUCAGCUAGAUUUUCUGAUGCUCCUUUAACCAGGGCAUUGUAGCAUUGGCAUUGCACGAGGAGAGUGGCUGGCGUUAAGAGUGGCUGCUGCUGUGUCUGACCCAACAGUACCAGCAGUGGCCAUGAUUUAGUAUGAUUACAUGUGACAUCUCUUUUCUUGUAAAUCAGCUGUGCAAAAUCCUGCUACACAAACAAAAGCAAACAGAGGAAUUGUAGGGGAGAGACCAGGCUAACACUGGGGGAUAUGCCUUGAAUCAGGUCUGAUUCUGCAUUUGAUGAAUUUUAGGUCUUCCAUGUAGAUUUUUGCUUUACUUGUUUUUGGGGAGGAUGUAUUGCCAAAGUGAGUGAUGAGGGAAUAGUAGCAUACAGUUGUUAAUCAAGGCUUGGGGCUUUUGCAGAGUGAAACAAUCCAUGUUAUAACAGUGUCAUGCAGCCUGGUAAAGAUUAUUUGUGCCUGCUGGGUAACAUGGCUAAGAAAAUUUGAUCCCAUUCAUCAAGGUGAGACUAAACACUGCUACAUUAUGAGGAGGAAAGAUUAUGUACAACACACUCCCUGGCACAUGUUGGCAAUGUGGACGGGCACUUGAAUACAGGUGCACUGCUUGUGCAGAGCCUGCACCAAGCCAUGCAGAAAAUUAACUAGCAAAAUUAAUUUAUUUGUAUAUUAGUAUUGAUACUGGUGGGGACUUAUCAGAAAAUUGAUUGUUAGGAGCAUGUGGAGCUUUUUUAUUAACAUUCUUUUUUUCUAAUGUAAAAUAUACACUAAAAUAAAAAUAUGAAAACCUA